AGCAGGCGCAUCUUGGGACAGCACCGGACCGGACCCCAGAAGGACUGCAUGCUAGCCGAGUACCCUGUUUACGGGGUCAAGGCUUUGCGCAGCUGUUUGGCAAGCUUCGCUAGCGCUUGCAACUCGCGGUCAGAUCGCCCGGCAUGUCCUCUGCUCGGGCUGGUGCUGGGUCAGGGGGAGCUGGAUCAGCGGGUAGGGGGUCGUCUAAGAUGGGAAAGUCCAUGUCGCCGCUUCCACCUAAAUCUCCGCCUCUGUAUCGAACGUAUUUACCAGCCACCGAUGGCGUAAAUGGCUCAAGAAACACAGCCUCGAGCUCCACGCACGAGAGUGUGCCGAGUCCCGGCUCGCUCUCGAGGUUAGCAGCAUCCAUUGAGGACAUGAAAAGGAGAGCGCAGGAUUACAGAGAGAAGCUGCUCCAAGACGACAAGGUGGAGAAAUUGUCGGGCGCAAUCUCUGCAUCAUUCAAAGACAAAGCGAAAGCCAGACUCAAGACUGGAAGCAUUGGGAGUGGAAGCGCAUCACAUCCUCUCCGCGCAAGCGCCACGCCAUCCCUUGGCACCGGCUCUCAUAAUGGAGGCGCAUCGACUGCGACGACCACUGUCGGAGUCUCGGAGUCUGGACCAGCUCAGAGCCCACCUCCGCCAGCUCGCAGGAUCAAGGUCAAGCUAGAUCCCGACCGUGCCUCAGCCUCAGCUGCACCAGAGACUCCAGCUCCUCUUGCACCUGCUCUUCUGCAAGGGGCACGCUCGGGUGGUAGCUCAGGUGCACCUGCGCGAGCACGCUCAGGCACAGCUGAGUGGGAUGGAGACGACGAUGCUGGUCCCUCGAGGCCUGGACGGACGUACGGAAGUAACAAACGCAAACGGAAGCGUGAGAGAACCAACGUCGAUUCAGACUCCGACCUUUCGGACCACAGCGAGACCCAAUCACCUUCGGCAAAAGCCACAGCUAGCACACCUGUCGCUGCAGCGCAUCCGGGGCUGCUGGCUCCUGACGCGGGUAUUGGGUCUCAAGGCAGCGCUACGGCAAGUCGACGAGGCUCGCACAUCUCGUCUGGACAGCAACAAUCUCGUGAUCGAUUUUCGCUCUCGGGCACGCCUCUGAACAUCAAAUUGAAGCUCAAUCCAGCGCCACGCAAAGCUCAAUCCUCGUCCCAAGCAGUCACUCGUCUUGGAACCCGACAAGCGAAUGGCAUAGCUGGACCGCUUCAGCCCGCUGCUAUGUGGGAGCUGCCGAAGACGACAUUUGAAGUGCCGAAAGUGCGGGCACCAAAAAGCGUGCGCCCCUAUCCUACGCGUCCAGUCGAAGUGACGAUGGACUUCUCCGCUCAAGAUUGGAAGGAGCGAGAGAGAGAAAGAGAUAGACUCGAGGCAUAUCAAGAAGGCGGUCCUGGCCCUUCGACGGCCAUCAGUAGAGCCAAGGACAAGCGAGGAGAACAAACGCCUCACAACAUCUUUCAGGCUUACGCCGACACCUGGUUUCGCACCAUCACUGAGGACGACCUUGCGUGGCUCGCCCCGAAGUCACCAACGCUUGCCGACGAUGCUCUGUUCCAGUUUCCGCCCCUUGGUAGGCCUUACAACGAAGUGUGGGCAGAACAGGACUCUGGCGAAUCGACCGCGAUUAAUGGAAGCAUGGAUGCGGAGAACAAGCCGAAUGAUUCGCUCGCAAUUCCACCACCGCCCAGUUUCGAACCUCGCUCCUUACGUGACGAGCAUGCAAUUGGCGUUUCAAAUGAAGAUGCACGGGUGGGGCCUUUGGCCGAGCGUGUGCUUUCUGCGCUCUUGCCCGUCAAACGUCCUUCGGCUCUACGCCCGGGAGCACCCCAAGAUACCAGCCUUCUCACAAACACGAGAGAUGCAUAUGCUGCUACCUCUUCUACUUCCGGUCCAUCCGGUACAGGUGGCCUGACCAGCACCCCACUCGAUCGAUAUGCUACUCGCGCCGACAGCAAACGGAAGAGUCCUCCGACGCACGAUCCUGCGUCCCUGACACGGUCGAACGGAGCAAAUGGAUAUGCUGCACCUCCAAGUGCUCCGCCACAAGAUACAAGGGAGUUUGAAGAGCGCCUCAAGGGUGAGCUAAGGCUGCUCGACGCAAUCGAUCCUGAACCUACUGAUUGGGCGGAGCGGAAGGAUGACGAGAUCUCUUCGGCCUUGCGAGACGUUCAGCGCAGACUGGCUGCUCAACAGGGCAUCAACAAAGCUCGCUGUGAGCGUCUACACGAAAUUGGCAAGCUCCGGAUGGCGCAUCAGCAGUACACGAGCUUCUUGGGCACACAAGAAAGAGAGCUGGAAGCACAUUGGCACAAGCGACAGCAGAUCAUCAAGCGCAGCUUGGCUCCCAAGAAGAAGAAGAGCGGGGCUGCUGCAGCGGCAGCAGCAGCAGCGGCCGCGGCGGCCGCUUCUGCCGGCACGCCGGGUGACUCUGCGGGCGGCUCUACCCAAGCAGUGGGCCCCGACGGCAAGCCUCUGCCAAAUGGCGUCCUCGCGCAUCACACAGGACCUACGCCACCGCAGUUCGACGAGAAGUUUUACGACGCAUUGGAGAGACGCAAGCUUCUCAAGUACGGAUUUGCCGACCUCUUCAAUCGGUUUCCCUGCUCAUGGAAAGUCCCAGAGCCUCACGAGAGCGUCUUUGCGGAUCUGCAAAACGAGACGGAUCUCGGACUCUUGGAGUCUUCUUAGCCCGUCCUUGGCGUCUCUCAUGAGUGAGACCUGCCAGGCGUGUUUGUCGCUGUAGGCCAUGUUGAAACUUCUGUUGCAUCGACGCAUACCUUGACGUGCCGUGUAACAUCAC